UGUCAGCUCCUGCACACUGCUAGGCAUGGCUCUGCAUAACAGAGCUAUGCAAAGCAGUGUGCUUACAGUGAAGCAUUAAGACCAGCCAGCACACAGUUAACCCUUUGAUCACCCCUCAUGUUAACCCCUUCCUGCCCAGUGUCAUUAGUACAAUGUCAGUGCUUUUUUUAGGACUGAUCACUGUAUUGGUGUCACUGGGGAUGUCAGUGACACCAAGUCAGUUCCCCCCAGUGUCAGAAUGCCCGCCGCAGUCCUGCUAUAAGUCGCUCAUUGCCACCAUUACUAGUAAAAAUAAAAAAUAAGAAUAUAUACCACCAUUUGUAAACGCUAUAACUUUCAGUAAACCAAUUCAUUUA